AAAUUGCGCCAAAGCUAAAAAAUAAAAUAAACAGAACCAUCAUCAACUGAAUACAGAAGCUGUCGUUUUGUUAACUAGCUAACUGUUAGCCAAAUAUAUGGAAUAUAUUUAUAUAUCUGCUUUAACGUUAGCUAGUUAAGAAUAUCAUUGCACAUUUAGCUUAUGAAAGAAGUGUAACCAAAGACAAACUUUACAGGAUAAUAGAUAGUCUUUAGAAGUGACGUUUCUUUCCCAGUUACGCAACUCGGGAGACCUGGUGGACAGCUCGGAUUCUUGCUACUUCGACCUUCUUCACCCUUACAGGGAACACAGGAACGUGAUUCCACUGACUCUUCCACAACAUACCGUAUUUAUUCCUUCUGCACACGCUUGCCAGUGGCCAUACAUAACAUUUUACAUUAGACACUGCAACGGUCUGUUCACAUAAGCUCUCACUACUUAUCUCAUAUACCCCAGCUUUACAUGUCAGAAGAGAUUCUUCAUCAAUUAACAAUAGCACUGAUAGGCUUUCCUCUGUCCUUCCAUUCACCAUACGGUUCAUUCGACUUGCCCCCACUACUCCUAGGCACAUUCUGCAUUUAGUUUUUCAUCCUCAAUUUCCAACGCUACGCCAGAGAUGACACCUUUUACCGGUGCCCAGAUCAGAAAAUUAAAACGCUCUACUAAAUACUCUGAUAAUUCCCCAAGACACAAUGCACUUUCAUUUUGUUCUUCUAACAACACAAUACACUCCUGGUCACUUUGACUCCACCUUUCCCAGUGUGUCCUCCACCAUCUUGUUGACCGCAAAUGGAGCUACCAAAAACACAUCCUUCUCCAUGAAACACUCCAACAAGGAACGAGGCAUUAUUAGAGCGAGGACUAUCUUCAUUAGCAACUUCAGCCUGUUUUCCACCAUUCUCCAAUGUUUUUACAAAUGUUUAGGAUGUUAGGAUGGCUUCAGAAUGAGCUAUCCCUAUUCAUCCCCAAACACCUGAACUUCUCUUUCUCUACAUUCUCUCUAUAUUUCUCUAUUGUAUCCCUCUCUCAUUUCCAGGUGUAAGAUGAGUGGAGAGGGUUCUGCUCACAGCUCCUGCAAAAGAGGGCAGAGGGGAGGGGGAUGGAGGGGAGGAGGAGGAGGAGGAGGGGGAUGGAGGGGAAGACCAUGGAGAGGAAACUCACGCCCCCCCAGUGCUCAAAGAGGGUCCUCUCAGUCCCGUGUGUCUCAGACCACCCUGGACAGACUCUCUCCCUAUAAAGGCUGGGCCCUCUACUUCACUGAAGGUUUCAUAGAUAGUUCUCCGUAUGUGGAGAAGAUCAAAGUGUUUGAACAGUACUUCACCUCACAGAUACACCUCUAUGACAAAGAUGAGAUUGAGCGUCAGGGCAGUGUGUUGGUGGACUAUAAGGCUCUUGUUGAGGAUAAGGAGGUGUGUAUGGCUCUUCCGGACCUGUCCAAUCAGCUGAGAGAACAACCAGAGACCACCCUCAACUGUCUGGGCCUCGCCAUACACCAGGUUUUGACGAUGGACUUGGAGAGACACGCUGCAGAGUUACAGGGGGAAGGGCUUUCUGGGGGAGCCACACCCAUCAUUAACAUACCCCACAUCAGCGCCAGGUUGUAUAACUGUGUUUGUUUCAGGUUGUAUAACUAUGCGCCAUUGACAGCCCUGAGGAUGCUGCGUGCGAGUGUGUUUGGUCGGUUGGUGUGUGUGAGGGGGACCGUGGUACGUGUCAGCAACAUCAGACCACUCUGCACACGCUUGGCUUUCACCUGCUCCGGCUGCUCACACACACACACACUCACCCUGCCACACGGCAAGUUCACCACGCCCACCAAGUGUGUGCAGCCACAGUGUCGCAGUCGUUCUUUCAUUCCCAACAGGAGCUCCCCUCUCACCCUCACUGUUGACUGGCAGAAUAUCAAGGUCCAGGAGCUGAUUGGAGGAGAGCAGAGGGAGGCGGGGCGGAUCCCUCGGACGGUGGAAUGUCACCUGACCUCUGACCUCUGUGACAGUGCGGUCCCUGGAGACACCGUUACUAUUACUGGAACAGUCCGAGUCAGCCAAGACGACGGCGGCAGCAGGGGGAAGAAGGAUAAGUGUAUGUUCCUGCUCUACAUUGAGGCCAACUCCGUCAGCAACUCUAAAGGUCAGAAAGUGAAGGAGGCUGGAGGUCAGGGGUCAUCUGGAGGUGAAAGGUCAUCGGGGAUAGAGUUCUCUUUGAAGGAGCUGUAUGCCAUCCAGGAAAUACACAGCCAACCUGAUCUACUGAAGCUCAUCGUACACUCCUUGUGUCCAGCCAUCUAUGGCCACCUGCUAGUAAAAGCAGGCCUGUCCUUAGCGUUGUUUGGAGGCAGUCAGAAGCAUGCUGAUGAUAAGAACAGGAUUCCCAUCAGAGGAGACCCUCAUAUACUGGUGGUGGGAGACCCUGGCCUGGGAAAGAGUCAGAUGCUACAGGCGGUGUGUAAUGUGGCUCCCAGGGGGAUCUAUGUGUGUGGUAACACUACCAGUACAUCAGGGCUGACCGUUACUCUGUCCAGAGAUGCCGGCUCUGGAGACUACGCACUCGAGGCUGGAGCUCUGGUACUAGGAGACCAAGGGCUGUGCUGUAUAGAUGAGUUUGAUAAGCUGGGCCAUCAGCAACAAGCGUUACUAGAGGCCAUGGAGCAGCAGACCAUCAGUCUGGCUAAGGCUGGUCUGGUGUGUUCCCUACCUGCUAGGACAUCUGUUAUCGCUGCUGCUAACCCUGCUGGAGGACACUACAACAGGGCCAAGACGGUCUCCGAAAACCUCAAGAUGGGCAGUGCCCUCCUUUCGAGGUUUGAUGUGGUCUUCCUCCUAUUGGAUGUUCCUGAUGAGUCGCAUGACCGCCGGCUGUCGGAACAUGUCAUGGCCGUCAGGUCGGGGAAGGGAGGGGCUUCAGGUGCCGUGGUUACACGAGGAGACUACCAUCAAUCACAGAGCUCGCUGCUGGAGCCCUCCGACACACCUCUUUCUGACCGGCUGCAGGUGUGUCCAGGGGAGUGUGUAGACCCCAUCCCCCACUCCCUGCUGAGAAAAUAUGUUGGUUAUGCCCGUCGCUACGUUCAUCCCUCGCUCUCUACUGCCGCUGCCCAGACGCUCCAGGACUUCUACCUCUCCCUACGCUCACACACACACCCCGUCGACAGCACACCCAUCACCACACGCCAGCUGGAGUCCCUCAUCCGCCUCACAGAGGCACGGGCGAAGCUGGAGCUCAGAGAGACAGCUACCAAGAGUGACGCUGAAGACGUAGUGGAGAUCAUGAAACACAGUCUGGCAGAUACCUUCUCUGAUGGUAGUGGAGGUCUGGACUUUGAGCGUUCAGUACUGGGUGUUGGGAUGAGUCAGCGGUCGGCUGCCAAGAGAUUUAUCACUGCGCUCAACACACACGCUCAGCGCACACACACCAUGUUGUACGACCUCACACAGCUACGCAGCCUGGCCAAGGACCUCAACAUACAGGUUGCAGACUUUGAAGGUUUCAUCAGUUCUCUGAAUGAACAAGGCUACCUGCUGAAGAAAGGACACAGACAGUACCAGCUACAGACUAUAUAACACACAAACAUCAUUUAAAGACCUGCUGUUACAUAAUGCAAUACACAUGUUUUGUAAAGAAUUUGUUUUAUUAGUGAAUUCUUCCAAUACGGAGAUGUAUAUCUGUACAGUACCAGUCAAAAGUUUGGACACCUACUCAUUACAGGGUCUUUAUUUUUUACUAUUUUCUACAUUGUAGAAUAAUAGUGAAGACGAUAUCAAAACUAUGAAAUAACAAAUAAGGAACCCUGUCGUAACCAAUAAAGUGUUAAAUCACAAUAUAUUUAAGAUUCUUUAGUAGCCACCAUUUGCCUUGAUGACAGCUUUGCACACUCUUAGCAUUCUCACCAGCUUCACCUGGAAUACUUUUCCAACAGUCUUGAAGAAGUUUCCACAUAUGCUGAGCACUUCUUCACUCUGCUGUCCAACUCAUCCCAAACCAUCUCAAUUGGGUUGAGGUCAGGUGAUUGUGGAGGCCAGGUCAACUGAUGCAGCACUCCAUCACUCUCCUCCUUGGUCAAAUAUCCCUUACACAGCCUGGAGGUAUGUUGGGUCAUUGUCCUGUUGAAAAACAAAUGAUAGUCCCACUAAGCGCAAACCAGAUGGGUUGGUGUAUCAGUGCAGAGUGCUGUGGUAGCCAUGCUGGUUAAGUGUGCCUUGAAUUCUAAAUAUAUCAGACUGUUUAACCAGCAAAGCCUCCAGACCAUCACACCUCCUUUUCCAUGCUAAAUGGUGGAAACCACACAUGCGGAGAUCAUGCUUUCACCUACUUUGCGUCUCACAAAGACACGGCGGUUGGAACCAAAAAUCUCCCAUUUGGAAUCCAGACCAAAGAACAGAUUUACACUGGUCUAAUGUCCAUUGCUCGUGUUUCUUGGCCCAAGCAAGUCUCUUAUUGAUGUCCUUUAGUAGUGGUUUCUUUGCAGCAAUUUGACCAUGAAGGUCUGAUUCACAGUCUCUGAACAGUUGAUGUUGAUGUGUCUGUUACUUGAACUCUGUGAAGCAUUUAUUUGGGCUGCAAGUUCUGAGGCUGGUAACUCCAAUGAACUUAUCCCCUGCAGGUAACUAGGUCUUACUUUCCUGUGGCGGUCCUCAUGAGAGCCAGUUUCAUCAUAGCGCUUGAUGGUUUUUUUGCGACUGCACUUGAAACUUUUGAAGUUCUUGAAAUAUUCCAGAUUGACUGACCCUCACCUUGAGUAGGUGUGUCCAAACUUUUGACUGGUACUGUAUAUUAAUAUAUAACGGUUUAAUACAUUCAUAAUGAAUCUGUUUGAAUAUGAAUUCCUGACCAAUGUUAAUGUAUUUUGACUAUAUUAUGCAAAUAUUAUAAUUUAUCUGCUCUGGGGACGAAUGUGAUAAAAUAAAUAAGCUAGAAAUAUUAUGAACAUUUUGAUCACAUAAAGUAAAUGUUGAAAAUAUUAGGAACAACAAGGUUUUGCAGACUCCUUUGCAGCUGCGUAUAGAGUCCACUGCUAGGCGCUGUUCAGCUGUGGCGCAAGUGACUGGUUCAAGGAUUUGUCUGAGUGCGCAGGCGUGAAAUAAAUAACCUUUACAUUUGAGAGAAAAUGAGGCAGGUAGUGGUAAGAUGAUGCACUCUGAGCGACCAAAAUGGUGACACAUCCUGCAUUAUCGGAUUAUAAUUACCCAAAUUAUCAAAAUUAGCUAAUUUUUCAAAUCAGGGUUUUGGAAAAUUUAAGUGGCAUCAGAGAUGCUUGUAUCUAUCUCUGGUGAUAUCCACCAAUACCACGACGUCGUAAAACUGUCGCGGAAUACGGCAGCAAACAUGGAACACGUUGGCUUGAUCGGCUAGAGCUGCUGGUUGAUACUAAGGAAACAGGACAAAUAUGAACCAGUGGGGAGGUGUAAAAAAAGUUGUGUGUGUAAAGCGUUGUAAAUGAGGUUAGUUUGUAAGUCGCGUCUUGUUCGCGAUGUUCUUGUCGGUUUCUAAAAAUAACUUGGCGGUGUGUGCGAGAAGUGUGUGUUGUGCAAUUCCUGCGUCAUGGCGGCAGCAGCAGACAGGUGUGUGUGUGAGGGUAGAACUGAAGUUGCUGCAGAGACUUAAAAACAGAGUGUCCUCUGUCGCCCAGUGGUCCAGCUACACACAAUAUCACACACACACCCCGCAAGACACGCACAUCCCCAGCCCAACGACCCCAGAGGUUAGCGGCCAAGAGCUAAAGGGUUCCACGGAAAGCGUCUCCCGCUCUUGUCGCCGCAGAGGUCACGAGAGGACGCAGGGUAACGACGACCGCUUUAGGUUUUACCCUACGGAUCACUCCUCGUCUAACUCUCAUGUUCUCCUGGGGUUGAGGUUGUUCCCAGUGAGUUCUGGUGUGUUUCCAGGCUGGAGAGGUCUCUGUAGUGGAAAACCCCGUGAGACCCCAGCCGACUGCCCACCUGGAGUGGACCUGAGGGAAACCACCCAGCCAGCUGAUAGACCAUCUGAUCUUGGUCAAGGACUGUUCAAAUUUAAAGAACUGUAUGAGAACCCAUGGACUAUCCCCAACCUGCUGUGUGUGUGUCGCAUCGCACUGGCUCCAGUCCUGGGAAUCCUGAUAACUGAGCAACAUUUUCACCUCUCCCUUGGGCUGUUUGCUUUGGCUGGAUUUACUGACGUGGUACACACACCUGCCUACACACACCGCUUGAAAUACACUCUAUCACCAAAAAUAUGUGGACAUUACUCGUUGAACAUCUAAUUCCAAAAUCAUGGGCAUCAAUAUGAAGUUGGUCCCCCUUUGUUGCAAUAAGGCAUUUCACUAGAUGUUGGAAUAUUGCUGCGGGGACUUGCUUCCAUUCAGCCACAAGUGCAUUAGUGAGGUCAGGCACUGAUGUUGGGCGAUUAGGCCUUGCUCGCAGUCAGCGUUCCAAUUCAUCCUGAAGGUGUUCAAUGGGGUUGAGCUCAGGGCUCUUUGCAGGCCAGUCAAGUUCUUCCACACUGAUCUCGACAAACCAUUUCUGUAUGGAUCUCACUUUGUGCAUGAGGGCAUUGUCAUGCUGAAACAGGAAAACUGUUGCCACAAAGUUGGAAGCACAGAAUUGUCCAGAAUGUCAUUGUAUGCUGUAGUGUUAAGAUUUCCCUUCACUAGAACUAAGGGGCCCAGCACGAACCAUGAAAAACAGAACCAGACCAUUAUUCCUCCUCCACCAAACUUGACAGUUUCCACUAUGCAUUGAGGCAAGUAGCCUUUUCUUGGCAUCUGCCGAACCCAGAUUUGUCCGUCGGACUGCAAGAUGAUUCAUCACUCCUGAGAACGCAUUUCCACUGCUCCAAUGGCGGCGAGCUUUACACCACUCCAGCCGACUCUUGGUAUUGGCAUGGUGAUCUCAGGCUUGUGUGCGGCUGCUCGGUAAUGGAAACCCAUUUCAUGAAGCUCCCAAAGAACAGUUAUUGUGCUGACAUUGCUUGUGUGGCCUACCACUUUGUUGAUGAGCCGUUGCUGCUCCUUGACGUUUCCACUUCACAAUAGCAGAACUUACAGUUGACUGGGCAGCUCUAGCAGUGCAGAAAUUUGACAAACUGAUUUGUUGAUAAGGUGGCAUCCUAUGACGGUGCCACGUUGAAAGUCACUGAACUCUUCAGUAAGGCCAUAAUACCGCCAAUAUUUGUCUAUAGAGAUUGCAUGGUUGUUCUUGAUUUUAUACACUUGUCAGCAAUGGGUGUGGCUGAAAUGGUUGGAUCCACUAAUUUGAAGGGGUGUCCACAUACUCUUGUGUGUAUAUAUAGUGUACUUUGAUAAAAAAAAUAAUAAUAAUAAUAAUAAUAGUACGCCACCAUACACACAUACACUGUUAACCCUGUGUGUUGUCUUUGUAGCUGGAUGGUUACAUAGCCCGUAACUGGCCCAGUCAGAAGUCUGCGCUGGGCAGCGCACUCGACCCAUUGGCUGAUAAAAUCCUCAUCAGCGUUCUCUACAUCAGUCUCACCUACGCACAGCUCAUCCCAGCUCCCCUGACAGCGUUGGUGAUAGCCAGAGACGUUGGUCUGAUAGCGGCUGUUUUCUACGUCAGAUACAAGACUGUCCCACCUCCUGUGACUCUCAGUAAGUUUUUUAACCCCUGCUACACAACAGCGCAGCUCAAACCCACCACCCUCAGCAAGGUGAACACAGCGGUCCAGCUCUUCCUAGUAGCAGCAUCGUUGGCCUCACCUGUCUUUCACUACACAGACAGUCCGCUCCUGCAAGCCCUAUGGUAUGUCACAGCGGUAACGACGACUGUGUCAGGCUACAGCUACUAUCACUAUGGCAUGAAGACUGUCGCUGUGCUCAACAGCACCAAGUAACCAUGGCAACUCAGCAAGCGCCAAGUAACGGUUGCAACUUAAUACACUCCACAACCAUUGUUGCGCCUGAGUACUCAAGUUGAACACACACCCACGUGUGUUUGGAAAGACUCCAAAAUGAACUCUGAGUGUGUAUUUUUAAUCUCAGUAUUGCCAUGGGAACGUUUUGUAUCUGAUGAAUGUGAUUAAACGGUAAACCUGCUCUACUGCCGUAUUUAUCAACUCCUUGUUUAGAUUGCUAGUAUGGUCUGUAAAGAAGAUCAGGAUUCUGCAAGAGUGUGUGUGGCGGGAAUUUUAAACGUGUAUGCGAUGGGGACGUUUUCAACAUUGCCACCAAUUGUACCAAGAAGGUUUAGUGUGUCAAAGCUGUGUGUUAGUGACAUCUGCUGGUCUACUGAAGUCACCAGCUGUUGAUUAUAAGAUUGACUAUUGAUAUUUGUAUUGCCAUUUGUUUUUUUAAAUGUAAUUUAACUAGGCAAGUCAGUUAUGAACACAUUCUUAUUUACAAUGACGGCCUACCCAUGCUGCGCCACUCGGGAGUUCUGUCUCCUAGCUUAGUGAUUUCUCCAAUACAGCAGGUUUAGUCAAACCCUAAGAAGCUCAUGGUUCAGUGAGACAAGAUUGGGAAGGAUGGCUGUGCAAGGCUAGUCAAACUGCAACAUCAGUAAUAUUGGAAAGAAACAUGAUUUAAUGAGGCUUCAAAUGAUCAGUGGUACUUAAGUAAAAACACUCCCAAAAACUUUAAAUCGGACAACUCCACUACCUACAUUCCUAAAGAUAAUGUACUUUUUACUCUACAUUUUCCCUGAAACCAAAGUACUCAUUACAUUUUGAAUGCUUAGCAGGACUGGAAAAUGGUCUAAUUCACGUACUUAAAGAGAAUCCCUGGUCAUCCCUACUGCAUCUGACCUGGCAGACUCACUAAACACACGCUUUGUUUGUAAAUUUAUGAGUUGGAAUGUGCCCCUGCCUACCUGUAAAUAAAAAAACAA